GAAAACAUUAUUAUCUAUAUAAUUACGACGCGUUUCAUUAUAUAUAUCGCAUUUUUACAUACCUUCCUAUUCAGUAUAGUACUGUGCAUUGACUAGAAAACAUUUUAUAUUAUUCUCAUAUUUCACGCUGUAAAAUAUUUUUCAGUUACCUAUUAUACAGUAGAUUUAUACCUAUCAACAUGGGAAAAUGUAUUAAUUAUAUGAUAGCUAUAUUUUUUAUAUUUUAUAUUCUUGGUUGUACGUACGCUGAAGAGGAACAAGUUGAUGCAUGUUUCGAAGAAUUAAAAAAGAUGAAAUGCAUUAAUGGAGAAAAAACCAGUGAAACUUGGAAGACUAUGAAACAAAAAUACAAUUAUUUCAGUGAAUUUAUAUUAAAAACAAAAGCGGGAAUCAUCGAAAAUGGUCCAAGCUCAUUUUGUUUAUCCUUUGAAAAUGAGGAAGAAUUACAAAAGAUGAAUUUCGUGUGCUAUACUGGAGAACAACCACGUUGGAAAGAUAGUGACUCUUGGAAAGAUGAUUCUAAAAAUUAUUUAUAUUUCAGUGAACAUAUAUUAACAGUAAAAGCUAAAACCUCAUGGGGGCCAAAAAGUUUUUGUUUAUCAGUUAGUAAAACCAAUUUUGAAGAUUAUCGAUUUAAACAAUUUAUCAAUGAAACCUUUAAACAGCGUAUUUAAUUGUGUUUUCCUAUUUCCGACGUGUGUAACUGUAAAAACUAUUUUUUAUUAUAUGUAUACUUGCACUUUUAAAAUUAUGACGGUCUAAUGUAAGAAAUUUUGUUUUUUAUUUUAUAUUUAUGAUUUUUAUAAUUUUAUUAGAUAUAUUUAUAAAAUCGUUUUGUUUGAUAAAGCAUAAUUUUUCGAUAUUAUAUUAUGUAUUAUAAUAAUGUCUCAACAUCAUCAUACAUUUUUUUUUAUUAUUAAUACGUACACAUGUGAUAACAUAUUUUAUUUAUUAAACGGAUGAGGCCCUUUUUGACAUAAUGUGUAUUAAAAUUUAAAAGUAAAUUAUAAACGUAAAUAAUUACAUGCUUAAUAAAAUAAAUACAAAAAUUAAAUACAGAAAAAAAUGUAAUAAGUUUUAAAAAAAAAAUGUUUAAAAUAUUAUAAGAAUUAGUCGUUCGCUAUCAAUUUUCUCAUGGGUUUGUUAGCUAAAUAGUUUGUGGUGGAAUGAGCCAUGAGGAAUAUAAAAAGGAGUAUUAAAUCUAGUGAAACGCUGAAAAACUUAAAGAGAAAUAAGAUUAGUGGAUUCAACUUAGCUAUUUAACAGUCCUUCAAUAAAUCUGAUACCAGAAGUUCGUCGUAUUUGCUCAGUCCACGAGGAAAGACUAAAUAGAUUAGUUUUUUUAUAUUAUUUGUUUCUAUGACUAACGGCAAUUUACAAAGAACAAUACAUACAUUUUGGUAAAUAUUAAGGAUAACAAUUAUAUAAGUAACAAUGUAAUUAUCAACAAUAGUGCCUAUGGAACUAAAAUAGUGAAAGGAAAGUAAAUUAUUAAUACAUUUGAUAUGCAUGUAUUAUUAUCAAAUUAAAAACAAAACAUUGUGUGGCCCGAGAUUGAUAUUUAUCCUACACUUCACUUGGACUAAAAAUCUAGGAGACUCGUGUCCGUAUUAAUUUACCCCUGAUUCUUUGGAUAGGGUCAUUGCAUGCAUAGUUAGUUUUACAAGUGCUGACCUAAACUUUUUAUUACGGGAACCAAUCCUAGGUAUAUGAAAUUUACCCCAUUGGGUAGACGGCCUAGCAUCGAUCUUACGAAGAAAUAAAUUAUUAAAGGACCAUGAAAGGGGAAAAAAACAACUAAUUCUUAAAAAAAAAUAUAUUUAUUAAAGAAAAACAGAAGUCCAAACUAAACUUGUCCUACGACUUUUCGUUAGCGAGCUAUAGUCAUUUAAAGUUAGUGCAUGACGUCAUAGAAUCUAAUCUCGCUGCGGCUACAGUAUGGUUCCACGUACGUACAUACGUCGCGCGUCGUACAUAUUAUUAUUUCGCAUAAUAUUAUUAAAUAUUAUUAAUUUGGGUUUGAUAUUUUUGUGUACAAAAAUAGUUAUGUACGUGCUACACAACAUUUAUUUUAUUUUUAGUUCUUACUGAUAAAACUGGUUUUUGUCGUUUUCUUCUAGGACUGGAUUAGUAUUUAUUAUUUUAGUAUUGUUCUGUGUUUCUUUUAGUGAACUUGAUAAUAAAUUACGAUUGUUGUUAACUUAUCAAUAUAACCUCACCAUAUAAAUUUGAACCAACGAAAUUAGAUUUCUGCAAUGACUAUGAUUCUUUUAAUACUAACCAUAAUGAAUUUAGCCAAUGCUUUAGUAGAUCAUUGCUUUAAAUAAAUAAUUGGAAUGAUUGUCAAAAAUGCUCAAUAUCACCAACGGAUCGCGAGUGUAUUUGCUGUUCAAAAUAGACAAUUUAAAUAAAUUACGUGAUAUAUAUAUAUAAAUGUGUGAUAGAAAACCAAUCGUUUUCGAAAUUUAUAUUGGAUAAAGAAGUUAUUGACAUUACUCGAAAACGAAUCAUUUCCAAAACAAUAAAGGCGGGUAAGUGGAUGUCGCUCUGCUGUACAGUAGGUUAUAAGUGGGUCACUGUAUAAUUGAUAGUAUUAAUUUU